AUGCCCUACAUAUUGAUAAGAGGUAAUUUAGCUUCGUAUGGCCACAAAAAUCCCUGGCGUGUUUUGGUAUCUGGCCUGAAAGCCGAAGAUUUAGAUCAGUUGAAUCGAUUUGCUUGUGGGGGAUAUAGCGACAAUUCCACUAUUGUUUAUUUACAACAUCCUUGCGUAAUACUCAGUGCUUUAGAGGUAUUAGGGUACAAAGUAGUAGCUUCAAGUUCAACUGCUGUAAAGCAAGACUAUAAUGAAUAUAUGUGGACUAUGAGAAAGGAAUUUUCAGAGCCAGAACCAUCUAUAAUUGUUGAGCAAGAUAACAUCACAAAUUUUAGCAAAGAGGCUAUGCACUUUCAUCAUUCUAAUAAGGACGACGAAGUGUAA